UUAAAAAAAUAAAAUCGAGAGUCGAGACGCAUGCAAUAGAACUCAUCAUUCUGUCCUCCGUCUCCCACGCAAACUACUCUCUUCCUUACCUUACCUCACCUCACUUCUCUCCCUUCUUCUAUUUUCAAAAAGUCUUUUCUACACCAUUCCCAUCCCUCCAUACCUUUUUCCCUCUUUUCUUUCCAGCAAUGCAGUGUUUCAGACCCAAAUUUCUUUGUUCUGUCUAUUCAAUAUUCAAUAUGGGUUAAUGUUAAUCAGAGUAUCAGUUACUAGUUAUUGUUAAUUAAGAAGAUGCUGGCUACUACUACUGUUACUACUACUCUAGAAGAUGAAGAUAGUUCUUCCUUUUUAAGUUCAUUUUCAGAAAGCAGUUGAUUUGACAGAAGUAACAGCAACCGCUGUCAAAUUCAUACAAGGGUUCUUUAGUUAACUGAUAGAUCUUGAUUGCCCAACUUUUAUUUGAAAUUUAGAUAUUUCCCUCCUCUUUAUAUUGAAAAUUAUGGGUUUUAUCAUUUAUGGUUAUGAAGUUAAGAAUUUUCUUUGUUUAGAUCAAAAAUAGUGAUCUUUUAGAGGUACUGUUUGGUUGGUGGUAAUUUCAUAAACUCUGAUCUUGAGAAUUUGGAAUACAUUUCCUUGUAUUAUUUUUAGAAUGGUGUAGUUAUCUGCUAAUAUUAGAAAAAAGGGGGAAAAAGUUAAAUUAUUUAAAAUAUAUCUGGUAAUUUUGGUGGGUUAGUGUAAUUAUACCUUAUUUAUCUAGUUCUGGUUAGUUUGAACUCUUGCACACCAACUGUUUUGAGUGUUUGCGUCAGAGAGAGGAAAAAAAGGGAAGGGUGUGUAUUAAAUUCUGGGUUGUUGAAAACUAAAAGGAAAAAGGUAAUUUGUUAAGAAGAGCUGUAUAAAUGAUGUCAAUGUCCUGCAAGGAUGGUAAGGGAGGGAUGGAUAAUGGUAAGUAUGUGAGGUAUACACCUGAGCAGGUUGAAGCCCUUGAGAGGCUCUAUCAUGAAUGCCCUAAACCCAGCUCUCUUCGCCGCCAGCAGCUCAUCCGUGAGUGUCCUAUUCUCUCUAAUAUUGAGCCUAAGCAGAUCAAAGUCUGGUUUCAAAAUAGAAGAUGUAGAGAGAAGCAAAGGAAAGAGGCAUCAAGGCUGCAAGCAGUGAAUAGGAAGCUGACUGCAAUGAAUAAGCUGUUAAUGGAAGAGAAUGAUAGGUUGCAAAAACAGGUUUCUCAUCUGGUUUAUGAGAAUGGCUAUUUUCGCCAGCAAACACAGAAAUCUGGUAUUGCUAGUAAAGAUACAAGUUGUGAAUCAGUGGUGACGAGUGGUCAACACCAUUUGACGCCACAGCAUCCGCCAAGAGAUGCUAGUCCUGCAGGACUUUUGUCCAUUGCAGAAGAAACUUUAGCAGAGUUUCUUUCAAAGGCUACUGGAACUGCUGUUGAGUGGGUCCAAAUGCCUGGAAUGAAGCCUGGUCCGGAUUCCAUUGGAAUCAUUGCUAUUUCUCAUGGUUGCACUGGAGUGGCAGCACGAGCCUGCGGCCUGGUUGGUCUUGAACCUACCAGGGUAGCAGAAAUCCUCAAGGAUAGGCCAUCGUGGUUUCGCGAUUGCCGAGCUGUGGAUGUGCUUAACGUGCUGCCUACUGCCAAUGGUGGAACCAUUGAGCUGCUGUACAUGCAGCUCUACGCUCCUACUACGCUGGCGCCUGCCCGCGAUUUCUGGUUGCUUCGCUAUACUUCUAUUAUGGAGGAUGGUAGUCUGGUGGUUUGUGAAAGGUCAAUUAACAAUACUCAGAAUGGUCCGAGCAUGCCUUCUGUUCAGAACUUUGUAAGAGCAGAGAUGCUGCCUAGUGGGUAUCUGAUAAGACCUUGUGAGGGAGGUGGCUCUAUAAUACAUAUUGUUGACCAUAUGGACCUUGAGCCAUGGAGUGUGCCUGAAGUAUUGCGCCCUUUGUAUGAAUCACCAACAGUUGUAGCCCAGAAAACAACGAUGGCGGCACUGCGUCAACUAAGGCAGAUUGCUCAGGAAGUUUCCCAACCUAAUGUCUCUAACUGGGGCAGGCGACCUGCAGCUCUGCGAGCUCUUAGCCAGAAGUUGAGCAGGGGUUUUAAUGAAGCCCUAAAUGGGUUUACUGAUGAAGGGUGGUCAAUGAGUGGGAAUGAUGGCGUAGAUGAUGUCACUAUUCUUGUUAACUCGUCACCUGACAAACUGAUGGCUUUAAAUCUAGCAUAUACUAAUGGGUUUUCAUCUGUGAGCAAUACUGUUUUAUGUGCGAGAGCAUCAAUGCUUUUACAGAAUGUACCCCCUGCAGUUCUUCUUAGGUUCCUUAGGGAGCAUAGAUCAGAAUGGGCUGAUAACAACAUUGAUGCUUACUUGGCCGUCGCUGCCAAAAUUAGUCCAUGUAGCUUGCCUGGAUCACGAAUGGGGGGUUUUGGUAAUCAAGUUAUUCUCCCAUUGGCGCAUACCAUUGAGCAUGAGGAGUUGUUGGAAGUCAUCAAACUUGAAGGUGUUGUUAGUUGUCCUGAAGAUGCUAUGAUGCCAAGAGACAUGUUUCUUUUGCAACUAUGUAGUGGAAUGGAUGAGAAUGCUGUCGGCACAUGUUCUGAACUCAUAUUUGCUCCUAUAGAUGCUUCGUUUGCUGACGAUGCUCCCCUUCUGCCUUCUGGAUUUCGCAUUAUUCCUCUGGACUCUGUGAAGGAAAACUCGAGUCCAAACCGCACUUUGGAUCUUGCAUCUGCUUUGGAAGUUGGUCCAUCUGCAAAUAGAUCUUCGUCUGAUAAUUCUGCCUCUGGAAAUAAUAUGAGAUCGGUGAUGACAAUCGCAUUUCAAUUUGCUUUCGAGAGCCAUUUGCAAGAAAAUGUGGCAUCUAUGGCUCGACAAUAUGUUCGCAGCAUCAUAUCUUCAGUUCAGAGGGUGGCCUUGGCUCUUUCUCCUCAUUUGGGCUCUCAAGCGGGACUUAGGUCUCCGCUUGGAAAUCCUGAAGCUCACACUUUGGCUCGAUGGAUUGUCCAAAGUUAUAGAUGCUUUUUGGGAGUGGAGCUUCUUAAAUCGACCGGUGAAGGUAGCGAUGCUAUCUUGAAGAGCCUCUGGCAUCACUCUGAUGCAAUCAUGUGCUGCUCUUUAAAGGCUCUGCCAGUUUUCACCUUUGCAAAUCAGGCAGGUCUUGACAUGCUUGAAACAACCUUGGUUGCCCUGCAAGACAUCACAUUGGAGAAGAUCUUGGAUGAUCACGGACGGAAGACUCUCGUCUCAGAAUUUCCCCAGAUUCUUCAACAGGGUUUUGCAUGCCUUCAAGGCGGUAUCUGUCUUUCAAGCAUGGGCCGUCCAGUGUCUUACGAGAGGGCAGUGGCGUGGAAGGUGCUGAAUGAAGAAGAGAACGCGCACUGCAUUUGCUUUAUGUUCAUGAACUGGACGUUUGUCUAAUAAGCUGGCAGCCGUAGUCUAGUACUCCCUAGUCGAAAUACUUAAAACAGGGUUAUUUAUGUUUCAUUUGUUGUCCUGGUUCUUUGAAACCAUCGUAAACUGAUUAUCUAUGGAAGUUGCAGCUAAGGCAUAGACCUCGAACUGCUUUCUGUUUAUACUAUAUUCGUAUAAUCGUAUCUGUCUACAUCGUCUGUAGUUCAAAUUCGCAGUAGGUUGCUGGCGUUUGACAUUUUAUUAAUUUUGACGUUGCUCAUUAGAUAACCAUGGUUGGAACAGGUAUGAUAAUUUGCUACAUUUUUUUACCUUUUCAGGUGAAUAUAUCCUAUUGUUUCUGCUUGUUAUGGGGUCAAAUACAAUUUAUUUAGUCAAUCCUAAACCAUCCACAUUGGUCCACUAACUUUCUAAAAUAACUACCCACCUACUCACUACCAUCAUACCCAUGAUAUCCAUUAAUUCAAUAACCAAUUUUCAUUCCCCUAUUAUAAAUACUUGUUGCAUAUCUCUUUUACAUUUAAAUCUUUUAUAUUCCUAUCGUUACUUCGCUCAAAUAAACUGUUGGACCAAAGUCCAACGUUGGGCUUAUAUGUAAAUAUUUAUAUGUCAUUAUAAUUAAUUAAAAAUGUCUUUAUGCUCUGAUUAAAGUGAUCUAAUUAAAGUUAAAGGGUUUAGACUUAAAUAUAUCAAUAGGUUGUGGGCCUUAAAUGUAUAGAGACUCGUUUUAUGACUGAGUUCUAUAAUGGGCCGGAUACCAGUCACAAGUUAUUAUAUAUAUAGAAGUUAUGGUCCCUAGGUUAGACAUAUUCCUUUUCUCCUGUCAUCCCAUUAUCAAAGAGAAUU